UAUAUAUAUUUUUUCCAUUUACUACGCGUACAAAGAUAUUAUUUGAAAGGUUUCAAGGUUCGAUACAAUUUAAUUACACGUGUAUUCAGAGUGUAUAUAUUAUUAAUAAUAAGAAUCAAAGAAAGUUAUAUAAAAAGUUUAAAAAGCAACAGUUAAAAAAUAAAAUAUCCUCUUAUAAAAAAUAAAUAAUAAAUAUUUUCUAUAUUGAUCUGUACACCAGCCUAGUAAGUAAAGUUAAGUAAAAUAUAAUAAAAUGUUAGACCAUAAUCAGUUGGACGAAGUAAAUUCAGUUAAUUUUGAAGCCGCUACAUUGAGAAUAACUAAUAAAGUCGAUGAUAAUAAUGAUAAAAAUACGCGGGAUGAUUUGAGUACUGACAAAAAUGAAAUUAAAAAAGAUAAUGCACAUGUUGUGAGUAUUCCAUAUAAAAAUAUUGAUGUCCAUACAUUUUUUUCUGACCGCGACGAAGUUGUUGAACGAGCUAUCAAAGAGUGUCGGGAAACUUUGGCUACUGAUCAAAAUGAUGAAAUUAUUGGCACUUGGCUAUUAACUGAAAUAAGUCUUUGGGAUACUGAAAAAGAACGAGUUGUUUUAUUGACUAAAAAUGCACUUUACACAAUAAAAUAUGACUUCAUAUCACUUAAAUUAUUAGAAUUCGAUCGAGUACCGAUGAUUGAAGUUGACACGAUCGCUUAUGGAGAAUUGGAGUAUCCAAAAACGUCAAUUGCACCGCGAUUGAAUGGUUUUGCUGAAGGUGUGUCAUCGGUGAUACAUUGUGCAGUACGUCAGCAAUGGUCAUCUUUGGCUUCGAGAUCAGAUAUUAAAUUUGAACCUAGAAAAAGGAACAUGUUUGGUGUGAAAAUAAUGUGGAACAAAGGCAAACCAUUAUCAUUAGAUAAGAAAUGGAAUCCAUUUGCUAAACGUAUUCCAUGGAUUACAUUCACAAGUCACCCACUAUACUGGCAUAAAAGCACAAGUGAGGAACAAAAACGAUUUGACGUUGAUGAUUUUCAUGACGCAUUAAUGACUCAUUUUAAUAUUCAGUGUGAAUUUACUAAGGAACAGAUAAUUAUCGAAAAUUAUUUGGGUUUAGGUGCAAUUCUACACAAUCGCAAUUCCUUGGGAUUCUUUAAAGUACGCGGUAAAGUCAGCUUUUAAUCAGCCAAUAAUUUAAAAGCACUGGUCAUUUAAACUUUACAUACUAUUAAAUAAAUUAUCAAUAAUACUAUUUAUCAAAUAUAUAUGAUACCAAAUAUUUAAUUUAAGAGACUGGUGCUUUUUCAUAUAAAUUUAUAUCUUGAUAUCUAUAUACUUGCAAUCUUAAUUAAUAUAAAAUAAUUAUAUGCCUAAUUAAAUUUACAACAUACAUAUAAUAUAUAAUAAA